GAUGUCCGAGGAUCUAGCAAAACAGUUGGCUAGCUACAAAGCCCAACUCCAGCAAGUAGAAGCUGCUCUUUCUGGAAACGGAGAAAAUGAAGAUCUGUUGAAAUUAAAGAAGGACUUGCAAUGGCUCUCAGCAUCCCCGAAACGCCUUCCUUCAGGAAGCAGAGUGCUUGAGUGCACCCCCCUUGACCUGCUGAUAUGUAGAUCACAGCACCUGAUGCUCCUGGAAUUGCCGAUCACUGUAACUGCUGCCCAUCUGUCAAUGAAGGAGCAGUUCCAGAGCUCAGACUUGGGGGAGGAAAAGUAAUUAAUGGAAGUUAUAGAAUUGACCAAAGACCUUCUGUCAACUCAGCCUUCGGAAACUCUUGCAAGUUCAGACAGUUUUGCUUCUACUCAGCCUACUCAUUCAUGGAAAGUAGGGGACAAAUGUAUGGCAAUCUGGAGUGAAGAUGGACAGUGUUACGAAGCGGAGAUCGAGGAGAUAGAUGAAGAAAAUGGCACUGCUGCAAUCACCUUUGCUGGUUAUGGCAAUGUUGAAGUGACUCCGUUGUUGAACCUCAAACCUGUAGAAGAAGGAAGGAAGGCAAAAGAGGACAGUGGCAACAAACCUAUGUCAAAAAAAGAAAUGAUUGCCCAGCAACGUGAAUAUAAAAAGAAAAAAGCUUUGAAAAAAGCACAGAGAAUAAAAGAACUUGAGCAGGAAAGAGAGGACCAGAAGGUGAAAUGGCAGCAGUUCAACAACAGGGCUUAUUCUAAAAACAAAAAAGGCCAGGUAAAGAGGAGUAUUUUUGCUUCUCCAGAAAGUGUAACGGGCAAAGUUGGAGUAGGAACUUGCGGAAUUGCUGACAAGCCUAUGACACAGUAUCAAGACACAUCUAAAUACAAUGUCAGGCAUUUGAUGCCUCAAUAAUGAAAAAAACUGUUGGAUUUCAUCUCUGCAGGGCUUUACAUUUACCUUUUUAUUAUAUUUUUCUAAAGGUAAAUUAUUUGCUAGAUAAGUAAGGAAGAUACAUUGUUGUCAUUGUUUGGCUUUGGUAGAAUGAAACUUGAAGACAUUUGAUAACUGCUCUCAUUUAACUUUUCAUUACUACUUACCACAGUUCCCUCAGAGUUUGUUGAACAAGGCAACUUUUCUAGGUAGAUGCUGCUUAAAUCAGCACUUAGAUGACUUAGUGUACUUCAGGCCCCUACUUAACUAAUGUUGAGUAGACAUUUUGUAAGUCCUAAUUUGGAGUUUUCGGGUGCUUUGCACUUGAUGUAUCCCAGCAGUUCAUUGGAACAUCAUGGCAAAAUGCCAGCCUGCUAAAGAUAUCUUCAGUUUGAUGAUAUCCUGGCCAUUGUCCAGACAAACCCGAGCAUGGGUUAAUUUAUAAAUGACAGGGUUUAGUUUGAGGUUUUUCCUUGAAUUCUUUCCUGGGCCUGUUAGGUCACUUCCACAAUUGACUCACCUUGUAUUUUUUGGUCAUUGAGUUUGAAUUUUAUAUUAAAAAACAAACCAUGUGUAGGAUGUGCUCCCCUUCUCUCGUGUUUAUUUGGUGUUUUGUAUUGUUUUUUUCUUUGUUGAUUUUUCACUUGUGGUAGUGCUUCCAUUUUUGGGGAAUGUGUAAUGUUUAUAUGGGAAAACAAAAAGCUGAUGUAUAGCCCUGUAUACAAUGUAGAUACUAUUUUUGUAAAAAAAAAAAAAACCAAGGCUAAAUUAAUGAACAAGAGUACUGAAUGUUUCAUGAUUGAAUUUUCCUGUAUUUCUUGUGCAUUAAUCUGACCAUAAUUUCCCUGUAUAUUAUGUUCAUGUAGCUGAGUUUGUAAUUUUUAUUAACUAGAUCAAGUUGCCAGCAUUUGUUGGUAUAAGUGAGCACCAGUUAUCCCAAGUUGAGUUUAAGCCAAAAACACAGAAAGAAAAAGGGUCUUCCUGUUACUGGAAGAAGACAAUUUUUAGGGUGUGUGUUAAUUUCAGUUUUGUAUGUUUAACUUUAAUAAAUAAAGUGUUUUUAAAUCUCCAGUGUGUUAACAAAGGGGUGGAAUCCAUGGCUGCCAGCCUUGGUGUAGUGAGCCUUAGUCUUGUACACAGAACUACUACAGAAGAGAACGCUGCGUCUGAAAAGUGUUUCAUAAAUCCCUAAGAAUUCCUUCAUUGGGUAUAAAAAAUUGAAUCCUAAAGGAUUAAUGGGUGUGUAUGAAACUUUUUAAAUUAAAUUUUAUGAAUUUUGA